AAUAAAUCAGCCAUCAUUUAUCAUCAGUCCUCUAAAUGUCUAAUCUGAACAGCUCAACACUAGUCCCAAACAAAAAUAUAUUUUUGUAUAAUUUGAGAGAACCAUUUACGUUUGAUAGGCUUAAGGUGAUCCCUAAGAUGACUCCAACUGUGCUCCUACCUGUGUUGCCCAAGUACCCUGCUGGGAGCCCUAAAUUCUGGAAGAAUUUAGGGCUCAAGUCCAAAGAUGCAGUUAAGCCAAAUAAGGAUAAGAAUGACUACAAGCAACUCAAAAUUAACAUAAAUUUGGAAAAUUUUAACAAACCUCGGGUUACCAAAAAUGUUAUGAAGAAAUUUUCCAAGACCGGGACUAAACAACGGAAAUCUAUGAGCUGAAACCGAUCGAAAAAUAAAUUCAAGGAUUCUUCACUUCCACAUGAAUUUAUGCAUAACAUUAGCAAGAGAUUCUCCUCAGUAGAAAGCGUCCAACCAAGGGUAAACAAGACUCCUACUUUGUUGAAGGAGAGCAGCACUUUACAAAUGUCUCAUCCCUUCAGAAAUUUAGAGUUGAAGAAGCUGAUUUAAGAAAGUUAAAGCAAAGAAGAAUAUGCUUAUCGAUGAUAAGAGCUCUCGAGCUAGGAAAAAGAAAAUCAAAGUAUCACCUGUGAAUAUGAAACCCAAGCAAAAUUGUCCUUCCAGUGGAAAACAAUCGAGGCUCAGGAUGAUACGCUUACCAAACACCAAGAACUUCAAGAAGGAAAAUGGGAAUUCUAAAGCUCCAAAGAUCCGCCAGUGGUUCAACCUUGGCCUAAAAAGUCAGCUCUGUGGAAAGAACUCCAAAGAAAAUGCUAAGAAGUUUUCAAAGAAUUAUCCCUUCUCAGGUUCUCAUCCCCACAAUAACUCAAAGGGGGAUCUCAGCUAUAGCUCAGUUCAGGGUUCUUAUUCUAGGAAUUAUGGCUUACGAAGAUUGAUGACUAAUCCUGAGAAGGCUCCAAAGCCUGAUCUCGAUAGUCUUAAAAUAUCGAAUACCUCAGGAUGAUCGAUGAGGUUAAAUACUCUUUCUGUUUAGAUUGACCCAAGAUGUUCCAGUUUGGGCUAUUUCAAUUCA